CCGUCUCCUCGAAUCCUCGACGCGCACUCGCACCGCCCAUCCUCUGCGGGCUUCCCAUACCUUUCCAACUGACCCUUUCUCCUUCCCUCUCUCGCCGUCUCGAGUUGCUGACCCUCUUCUCCUUCUCUCUCCCCUCCUUCCUUUCUUUCUAUUUCAGUUUUGGCAGGGGCUUGUGCCCUUUGCCCAUGGAAUUCUCCAUUCGAUUAUGAGCUUGCGAGUGAAAUCUUUCUUGGUUCCUUGCUAUUUUCUUUGGAAUUCUAGCUUGUUUCUUAAGAAGCGCUUGCCCUGUUUUUCUGUUUUGGAACCGGGGGGUCUUCGUUGAUGAUUUUGGGAUUGAAGAGUUCCCUUUCUGAUCAUUGGUUCCUUUCGUUCUCUUGUUUUCAGGUGUAAAUUUCGGUUCUUGGAGCGAAUUGGGCCGGCGUUUUCGGGCUUCGAGAGCACCGGGAUUCAAUCGUGGUUUUUCUAAUCCCCAUCUCUCUCUCUCUCUCUCUGUGUUCUAGGAAUCAUUCCCAAAGUUUUAUUUUUUGUUUUUUGUUUUUCUCCUAUAAAGCUUGGAUUUUGAAGGUUUCCCUGAGGCCUCUUUCAUAUGAUUUGUUGACUUAAUUUCCUACUUGAUUUGGUGCUGGGUUUAGGGUUCUAGCAACUUCUGAAUUAGAUAUAUAUAUAUAUAUUCUGCGAGGUGGGGUUUAGCGUUUAAGCGAAGUCUUGAGUUCUGUUUCCGUUUCUCCAUUUCCUUAUUCAUCUGCACUCGAUCUCUUCAUCUAAAGGUUUUGGAUAACCAGAGGAAGAAAAUUGCAUCUGGGUUUAGGGUUUUUGGACCAUCUGUUGUCAUGCCCAAUCCCAUUCCCAUCCCCAUCCCCAUCCAAAUUAUAGGAUUCGAAGCUCCAUAGACUCUGCAUCACUAUUCUAAAGCUUCUUCACGGCAACAAUGUCUUCUCUGCUCAGCAGCGGCGGUAGCCGAGCCUAUGGGUUCGACCUCGACAUCGUGAAAUCCUCCUCGUCGUCAGCCCGGUCCUCCCACACCUCCUCCCCUUCCUCCACCCUCUCCGAGUCGAGCAACUCCUCACGCACCAUCUCCAUCAAGAAGGCUCGAACCCCUCGAAAAAGGCCUAACCAGGCCUACAAUGAGGCCGCCGCCCUCCUCUCCACCAUAUACCCAAGCAUCUUCUCCACCAAGAGCACAAGGAAGCCGUCCAAGCAAAUCAAGCCAUUUGACUCAUUCCCCGAGACCUCCUCCGAGCUCCUCCCUUCCUUGCCGGUCCUCGGCGACGACGCAUUCCUCAUCCGCGAGACAUCCCCUGAAAAACCCGCCUUCCGAAUCGAGCCCAAGCUGAAGAGUUCCCUCGAGAAGGAGUGCACGAGCCCGGCGAGCAAUGAACUCCGAGAGGCUGUCGCCAUCUCUCCUUUCCCCUUUGAGGAGGAUUUUGAUGCCGAAUCCAUCCUCGAUGAGGAGGUCGAAGAGGGCAUCGAUAGCAUCAUGGGCAACCUCAGCAUGAACACCACCGCCGCCAAUACCUACAACAAGGAAGCCUCCAGCAAUUGCAACUCCCUCAUCGAUCCCUACCUUCGGAGCCUGAUGGUGUUCGGCGUGGGCGGCAAGUUCGAGCUCGGGUUUGGGUUUCAGUUCCGAAGAAACAUGCAGCGGGCGUUGAGGCAUUCCGACGAGGGGGACUGGUGGAGGUCUCCGACAGUUCCCAUGCAAGAGAUCGUCCCUAAAUUUAAGACCUCAACUCCAUCAUCGGGGAAGAAGAAAAAGACGACGAAGAAGAAGGCGGAGAAGGAGGAAGUUGGAGACACGCAGACCGCCGGCGCCGCCGCCAAACCGGGGAACUUCAACAAGUCUGGUUUGGGCCUUAAACUGAACGCUGCGGAGGUCCUCAAGGCGUGGGCCGACCGUGGGUCCGUGUUCGCUGAUGGGCCCGACUCGCCGCAUUCCUCUGCUGAAGCUCUUGCCAAACUUGGAGACAUGGAUCUUUUUCCAGGGGUUGGCUGCGGUGGUGGGGGGAGGGAGGCGAGCGUGCUGAGGUUCAAGGAGAAGCAGAGGACCCGACUCUUCUCCAAGAAGAUCCGCUACCAGGUCCGGAAGGUGAACGCCGAGCAACGGCCCCGGAUGAAGGCAAGUGGCCGGUUUGUCGGGAGUUCUUCCUUUCUCCAGCAAGCCAUAGAGGAAGAGAGCCCUGGCAGAGUCGUGAGUCUUUGGAGGAAUACACCUGUUCGGCCUAGUGAAGUUUCUGGUUAAACUUGUGUGGUGGAAAAGAAGGGAGAGUAGCUUAUCCAUGUAUUUGGACAGGCACCAAAAUGGGAGGUUUCGGCUUUGAAGCGAAUGUGGAGAAAAGAAACAAAUUCAGUAAAUUUUGCCUUGGAUUAUUCUUAUAACCUUUUCUUUAUUUGCUGUUAGGCAUUUAUUUUCUGUGGCCUAUUCUAUUUUUUUAAAUAAUGUUAAAAAUUACUCAGCUGUUUGCUUGCUUGCUUGCUUGCUUGUGGCUUGGAGAUUGGGAAAGUUUAACCUUGAAAUGGGCUGGUGGCAGUGAUUGAAGUACUAGAUGUCAGUCCUAUUUUUUAAUCCUUGAGAGGGCAUGACCAGCCGAUCCUAAGGAGGUGUGAAAAAGCUGGAUGGUUAUUAUUAUUAAAAGAGGGCGAGUUAAAUGUGCAUGUUGAAAAUUAUUUGUCCUUUUCAGCUUUAUAUGUCUUCUCUAUUUGUUACCGGACAGCACUUCAGUUGCUAUCUAUAAAAUGAGAACAAAUUUGUUGUGUUUUUUUUUAA